AUGACUACUUCGGCUGUAAUGCAAUCCAUCUUGGCCAGCCCUCUGACCCGUAUGGCCAAUGCGUCUGCUAGGGUCAACCAGUUUCUUCCCACUUCUUCUGUGCCACGCUUGCCAAGGAAUUCUAGCGUGCGAGUGCGGUCCAUGGCAAAGGUGAGCACCAAGUUCUCUGACCUGUUCGCAUUCGGUGGGCCCACACCGGAGAGGAUCAACGGCAGGCUAGCCAUGGUCGGCUUCGUUGCCGCGAUGGCGGUAGAGCUAUCCAGGGGACAGGAUUUGUCUGUCCAGAAAUCCAAAAGCUAUGGCCUAAACCAAGUUCGGCUGAGUGGAGCUUUGGGUAGAACAGGAGUAUGUCACUGUGGAAGCUUGGAGAAGGUUCAAGGAUAG